AUGUCAACAUCGCGUCGGCACCUGUCCGAAUCCGGCCGGUCGCUUCCCGCGCGCCAUUUCCAGCCCAAUUCCGCGUCCAGUUUCGGAAUCGGGGAAUUUGUCGAAUUCGCAGCGAGAGCCCCCUUCCGCCCGGUAAUGACGGCCGCGUCCAGUCACCGGCGAAACUCGUUAGCUGCUCGCGUCCGUUUCAUCGCGCUGCGCAAUGGAGUUAUAGGAAAUGCG